AUGGAGAAAAAGUUCUGGGACCAGCUGAUGUCGUACUUGAAGUUAAUGAAUGGCAACGUGAAUAUGGAAUCAUGUGUGGUCCAGGGAAGCAGGUCACUAUCAAUGUACCUCGAUCCACAGAACCAUAUUAUCUGGGAGACACCACCUUUUGGUUGUUUAAAGAUGAAUUUUGAUGGGGCCUCUGAUUCAAAGAGUGGUAUUUGUGGUUUGGGCGUAAUCUUCAGAGAUAAUCAAGAUGUAAUGAAGGGUGCUAUGUCAGUCCCACAAAUUGGGAACCUCCCUCCAAGAUCAAUUGAAGCUCUCGCUCUCCUACAUGGACUCAGAUUUGCUAUGCAUGUGGGUUUCAUGAACCUAGAAGUUGAAGGUGAUGCUCUCACAGUUAUUAACACAUUAAAAGAUAGUGAUGAUGAUUUGAGUUUUUGUUUUUUUAACUGGAUGAUGAUUUGA